UAGAUCACUGAAUUCUUCCUAUCAAUUCAAGCACUUUAACAAUCUCGUCUUAUUAGAUCUUUUGAUUCUUUCUAUCACUACAAGCUUCGAACUAUCGAAAUACUAAAAAUAUAAGUAUAAGAAAUAUUAAAAUUAUUUAAUUCUUAGAUAAAAGCAUUAUACCCAAACGUUCUCAACAAAAAUAAAAAUUAGAUAACAUAAAUUUUUCUAUUAAAACUAUAAAAACAAUUCAAAUAUUAAUAGUAAAAAUAUAUGUAUACAAUAUACAUACACUCCUCUUGAAUGAUGAAAAAAGAAACCUCAAAAGUCUUCCAAGUAAGUAGAGUAGGAGUAAAGAAAAAUAUCACAUCAAUCAUCAUCUAGUCAAAAAAAAUCAUCCUCAUCUACUUUUCCCUCCCAAAACCAAAAACACCAUUGUUUCUUCUUUGUUUUUCAUUCAAGUUUAUUGUAAGCAAAAAAAAAAAAAAACUCAUCUUCCUUUCUUUAGCAAGAUGACAUCAAGUAGUCAAAAAAAAAAGAUUUUAUGAGACCUACAAAAAGUGUAGGAAUAGAUUUUGAUGAUAAACCUCUAUGGAAUCAUGUUAAAGUUAUUUCGAUGGCUCCAAAUGGGGGUGGAAAUAGGACAUGGUCUUGUAACUAUUGUAAUAAAAUAGUUACGGGAUCAUAUAAUAGGGUGAAAGCACAUCUUUUGAGAUUAUCGGGUCAAGGUGUUCAAAUAUGUAAAGAAAAUAGUGGUGAUAUAUAUGCGCUUUUGAAGAUGGAGUAGUGGAGCUAUCGGAAAAUCAUUCGGCAUUUAUGAGAGGAAUACGGCCGACAAAUUAGCCGCUAGGAUGUUCUACGCAUCAGGUUUAUCAUUCAACUUUGCCAACUCUCCUUAUUUUAAAAAAUAUUCUAAGUUUCUAGCCGAAAAUUUCAUUCCCGGUUAUAUUCCCCCAUCAUAUAAUAGAUUGAGGUCAACUCUAUUAGCUCAAGAAAAAACACAUAUUGAUAGAAAGUUGCAACCAAUAAAAGGUACAUGGAAAAAGAAAGGAUUUUCGAUUUGUUCGGAUGGAUGGUCCGAUACUAAAAGACGACCUUUGAUCAAUAUAAUGACAUCAUCUAGUGGAGGCCCAAUGUUUUUGAAUUCAAUCAAUUCUAGUGGAAUCGUAAAAGAUGGUGAAUAUAUUGCUAACUUAUUUAUUGAAGCAAUAGAAAAUGUAGGUUCAAACAAUGUUGUUCAAGUUAUUACGGAUAAUGCAAGUAAUAUGAAACUUGCCGGUACUAUAGUGGAGCAAAAAUAUCCUCAUAUAUUUUGGACUCCUUGCGUUGUUCAUUGUUUGAAUCUAGCUUUGAAAAGUAUGUGCCAACCUUCGGAAAAAUCACCUCACUUUACUAAUUGUAAAUGGAUUUUAGAGUUACUUAGUGAAGUGAGCAAUUUAAAGAAUUUUGUUGUGAACCAUGACAUGGCACAUGCACUUUUUCAAAAACAUUCGGAUUUGUGUUUGUUGAAGGUUGGUGAAACAAGAUUUGCCUCACACAUCAUUAUGACCACCCGAAUUCGCAAAGUAAAAUCUUCUUUGGAGAAAAUGGUCAUGGAUGAUGAAUGGAAGAAUUAUAAGGGGGAUAAGGGAAUUGAAGCCAAGACAUGUGAAAUAAAAUCGCUUAUAAUGAAUGAUGAAAAAUGGGAUAGUAUUGACUAUUUCUUGAAAUUUACGCAACCAAUUGUUGAUAUGCUAAGAAGUGCCGAUAUUGAUGGUCCAAAACUACAUCUCAUUUAUGAUAUGUGGGACUCAAUGAUUGAGAAAGUCAAGAAAGUCAUCUUUGAGCAUGAGAGAAAAGAUCUCAUUUCCGGUCAAUCAAAUUUUUUUUGAUACUAUUCAUGAUAUUCUUGCGGCUAGGUGGAACAAAAGUAACACACCUCUACAUUGUAUGGCACAUUCUUUGGUUCCCAAAUAUUAUCAUGAAUCAUGGCUUGAAGGAGAGAAUGGAAUUCGAAAGCUAGCUCCCAAUGAAGAUAGUGAAAUUUCAUUGAAUAGAGUCAAGUGCUUUCAAAGGUACUUCAAAAAUUCUAACGAAAUGAAACAAGCCUCAUUGGAGUAUGGAUCCUUUUGUAGCGGAAAUGGCUAUUUUAGUGAGCCUCAUGUGAUUGACGCUAUGAUGUAUGAAGAUUCUCUUUCUUGGUGGGCAAAUCAUGGGGUCUCGGCUCCACUUUUGCAACAAUUAGCUUACAAGUUGCUUACUCAACCGGCUUCUUCCUCUUGUUGUGAAAGAAAUUGGAGUACAUAUUCUUUGAUUCACAAUAUCAAGAGAAAUAAGUUAGCAACUUCAAGAGCCGAAGAUUUAGUGUUUGUACAUUAUAAUCUCCGAUUGUUGUCUCGCAAGAAAGAGAAAUAUAUAAAUGGGCCAAGCAAAUAUUGGGAUGUUGGUGGAGAUCGGUUUGAUAUUGAUGAGACAACUAAUGAUCUAACCGAGCUUUCAAUAGAUGACCCUCAAAUUGAAGGUGUGAUAUUUGAGGAAGAGUUUGAAGAUUUGGAAGAAGUUGAAGAAGAUGUGGCAGAGAUAGCUAACUUAAUUAAAUAACUUGAUAAUUGACAAUAUUUUGUUGUUAUGUUAAUUUUAAGUUAUGAAUUAAGUUGAGACAAUCUCUUGUUUUUUGUUCAAUAGUAUGUUUUACACUUUUACUUGGUGUAUUGAAUAUUGAUUAGUAAUUAUGAAUAUCUAAAUUAUGG